CGAUUUAAAUUUCAAAAAAGAAUUUUGGCUCAAAUAUUUGGUGAAAUGGCCUGUAAUAGUCUUCACUAUGGUGUCUUAUCAAAUUAUGAUGACACUUGGUUCCUUCACCGACCAGAAAAUGAGUCUACUACCUUGUAUAUUUCCCGUGUUGUUCACCCUGCUAGUCGUUGUCCAACUUUACGACAGUGUGUCUAUUACAUCAGCAGACUUGCACUCAACGAUGUCGUAGGGACGAGGUUGGAUCCAGAUCCUGACAGUCGUAUAUCUAUAGGGCCAGAUACUCAAGAGGAAUCGGUUACUUCAGGUGACGAUAAUAGUGAUGAUAGCGAUUAUGAUCCAAAGGAGACCAGAAAGCGAGCGAAAAAGCUUCUUAGCAGACAAACAAACAAGAAAAUGAGAGUAUCCGUAAAAGAUCACAAAAGCGAAUCAAAAAUAGACAAAUACAUAAGCGAUGGCGGUUUCGCGAAGGUAUUCUCUGGUGUUUAUCAUGAUCAAGCUGUAGCAUGGAAAAUAUGUGAAUCAUACAAAGAACAAGAAAAGGUGGCAGCGUUAACCAAUAAAUCCCAUAUAUACUCUAUCCUAGAGAAAUAUCAAG